CAACCUGGAAUAGCAAUUGUCUGCUGGCCACACUCCUCACUCGACACAUCUGAACGACGUCUAUUUCGCAAGACGUCUUGGCCCACGAAGGCUGUUCGAGAUACACGCUACCGCCCACCACUAGCGACACCAAAGAAGGAUCAAGGACCGAACAGGGGUCAGAAAGGCAACUCGUUUCGCCCCGAUAGCCCGCAUCGCUCCGCACCGCUCCGCAACUUCGACUCGUCGACUCGAAAACAGACCCGCCCGACCAGCCCAACCUCCCUCCUCCACCGACUGUCGGCGCCGGCACUUCUGUCACGCACACACUCUCUCUCUUCUCUCGCACACGCACACACGAGAGAUACCUAUUCCUCCUUUCCAUCCGCUGCUCCAAGCCUAGCAAAUACACUGAGGGGGCCACCCGAUCACCACAGGGGGGGAAAGUACUAG